GCAGAUCAGUAGCUUCCUCAAACUCUGUAGAUGGGACCAGAGCCAUGCAGCCCCACCCCAACUCGGAGCUGGCCAUUGGCAGACCAGGUCAGAGUCAGGCUAAGGAGGCCAUCCUUCCCCCUGGGCUCCAGCGACCCCAACCGGGUUCACUCACCCCACCCCUCCAGCUGUUUGCCAGCUACGUGGAAUGCCUCCUCUGCGCCUGCGCCACCUGGAUCCGGGUCAGGUCCAUUUAGUCUGAGGGAAGGAAGAACAGAUUAUCUGCUGCCCUUCCCGUCCUCCUCCGCCUGGUGGCGCUAUUUUUGUCGCCCAGAUGGUAUAGCCCAGUCCUGGGACACAAUCGGGACGCUUUUCCCGGGCACAAACUUAUCGAGUUGAGUUCUGCAUCUAUUCCCUUCCGAUGAGGAAGCGUUUCCGGCAGCGCUUUCCGCUCAAACGAAGCGACACUGCAGUGUUGGGACAAGGGGAAUGUUUCCUUCCGGGCCGGCGGGAAUCACGAAGCAGGAAGACGAUGGUGGCUUCCGUGCUGUGGAGGAGAGUCUACUCUAGCGGCGGAGCUGCCGCUGUUGCGGGAGGAGAAGGAGCAAGCCCCACCGGGGCCGUGGCCAAGAGGGGCGUGUGGGAACGACUAGGCGCCUGGGUCCGCGGGCUCCUGCAUGACUACGGCGAGGCGUGCACAGACGCGGCGGCGGCGGCGCGGGAGCGGCCCAUACGGGCGGUGCUGUAUGCGGGCCUGCUGGGCGGUGCAGCUGCCUGCGCCCUCGGGGCUCCGGAGGAGCCGUCCUUUGAGGAAGCACUGCUGGACGCGUCCGGGACCCUGCUUCUGCUUGCCCCCGGCACCCGCAACCCUGGCUCGGAAGCGCACGUGCAGCGGCUACUGUGGCUGCGGGGCCAGGGCCGGCUUCGCCACUGCAGCCUAGGCCUGUGCUCGUUGCUCUACGAGGCUCCCUACGACCCCGAGGCCAGUCUCUACCAGGCGCGCUGCCGCCACCUGCAGCCGCGCUGGGCCGAUUUCCCAGGCCGCGUGCUUGACGUGGGCUUCCUGGGCAGCUGGUGGGUGUUGCGUUCCAAGAUGCGCGAUUUCGAUAUCAACGACGAAGAAUUUCGCCACCUGCCGCCCCACCUCCGCACCAUGGCGGAGCACCAGUUGCGCUCGGAGACCAAUGAGCGGCUCUUCGACCAGAAAUAUCUGCCUGUGGUGCUCACCGAGGACCAGGUGGACCAGGCCCUGUGGGAGGAGCACAUUCUUCAGAAAGAGAAAAAAGACAAGUUGAUUCUGAGCGAAGUCGCCCCUAAGGAAAUCGAGGCCCAGGUGGCUGCCAGGUGAAGCCUCCCCCAGCCGCCUCUGAGGGCAGGGGCCUCCAAAUGACUGAGCUUUUCCAUUGCCUUCUUGCUCGUUGGCUAAGGGAGGGAGCUUUAGUGAAAUAAACUAUUUUUUCUCUCUUC